AUGCAAAUAAAUGUCAAUAUUAAUAACAACAUUAACGUCAAUCUUGCUCGGCACAUAUUACCAUCAAAUGAUCAUACAAAUAUUGACAUGAAAGUAAAUAUGAAUGAAAAUACAGAACAACAAGACAAAGUGACAACAAGUCAAGAAGUGGAACAAGAUAAUAAUGACGACAAUGAAAGCAAAAGUCAUCCAAAUGCUGAAGAAGAAGUGAACGAUGCGGAAUUUCUCACACCAACAACAAAUGAUGACAAUGAAGAUGAAAAUGUUCAUUAG